UUUUUUUUUUUUUUUUGAAAUUUUGGAGAUAUUUUUUGAAAGAUGCCGGACAGUGAAAUUGCGAAAUGGAAGUGUGAGGCAGAAAUUUCUAGAGAAAUCCCUUUUAUAUUUUCAUAAUAAUUUCCCUCAUAACUCAUCCAUUUCAUAAAUGCAUUAAGCUGAAAUAUCAAAAAGAAAUUCUAGAAUCUUUUUUUAUUUUAGAGAGACCUCAUCCAUAUAAUGUCUAUAGUAACCUAAAAUUGUAUUAAAAAGUUCUUCGAGCCUCUUUUAUUGUUAAAAGAUCUCGUCCAUUUAGUGUCUGAAGAAAAAUUUAGAUGACAUGAAGAAUUUGGAUCUUCCGGGUUAAGGAAUUUCGGUUGAAUUUCAUUAGGAUUUCAUUCAUAAAAGCCUGGAAAAACUAUAUAAAAAAAUGGCUCUUUCCUGAGCGUUUCUAGAUUUUAAAAUAUCUGUGAUAAUAUCCCAAAUGAUAUUGUAAUAAUCAUCUUAUCAGCUUUUCAUGUUUACAGAAAAUAUUUCCAAAAUUCAGACAAUAGGUGGUUUUUAUUAAUAUAAUUAAUAUCAACUAGUCAACUUAAAAUUAUUAUUUUCUGAAACUUUGUGUCUUCCAUUUUCGAGCCAAACUUUUUUGAAAUCUCCUAUCAUUCGUGAUAAUUUAUCUUCAAAUCAAAAUUCAUCUGUAGAGAAGUAGUUUAAAUAAUCUUCAGUGCUUUGAGAAAACUGUUGGAUGAGUGCACUACAACUAGUUAAGUCUCAUAUGAAUGAUGCUUCAUUUUGUUGCUGUGGAAACAAGAUGAAAUAAUAGACAGAAAUCCUUGGAACCAGUACAAAUAUCAAGAAUAAACUGAUUUCUGAUUCCUUCAGAAACUCAAUACUUCCAUUGUAAAGUAAUUGAAGCUACAUAUAUAAUUUAAAAUUAUCAUAUGUCCGUUGAGAUUUUAUGCAAAUUGUUAAACUUUGUACUGAUCAUCUGAAAAAAGUAAGAUUGAAGAGAAAACCAGUUUCUAGGAACUUUUUAAUUCAAAACAUUUCGAUAUUAUGUUAUAAGCAGUUUGCAUGCAUUCAAAAAAUUAUACAAAGAAGCCGAAGAAAAUCUCGAUACUCUAAACAUUUUUUUUUCCAAAUAAGAAAAGCAAAUAUCCGAAGAUAAAAAAAAAUUUAUCCAAAGAAAAAUAGAAAUUUAUAUCAAAAGUUAAAAAAAUUAUUGAAGUUUUUUUCAACAGUCAUGUUAUAGACCGUUGGAUCCUUAAUUAGGUAACAUUCAAUUCCCUUAUCAAUGAUGAUAAAAUGGGUUGAAAUGAUCUUUCAUCAAGUCAUAUCUUCUGAAUUUCGAAGGUGAUAUUAACUGAAUAAAAACUAGUUACUCUAUUGAAAUUACUUCCAUUUUUACCCUUUAUAAUGAUGGGGUGAAGAAAACGAAACUUCAGUUCAGAGGAAUCAAUGCGAUGCUUGGAUUUACGGGAUGAUCCAGAGGCUAUGGAGAAUAAAAGAUACACGCCCUCUGAAUCUUGGAGUUUUUUGCUGCCUUAUAUGUCUCAGUUCUGGUCUUAUCCUUACUCCUCUAAGAAAUGGAACAAUCACAACAAAAAAUUAUGAAACGUCAGAUAUUCGACGCAACAUAAUAUUGGCGACCAAAGACAGAGAAACUGAAUUCCAUUCCAAGCCACAAACAAAGAAGUUUCGUAUUCGACGUAACGUAAUGCAGAUGGCGAGGAUGUUGAAAUGCAUGUCAGGAUGUAAUCCUUUAAGCUACAGAGGCUAUGGAUGCUAUUGUGGAUAUAUGGGAUCGGGUCAACCUGUGGACGAUAUUGACAGAUGCUGCUUACAACAUGACUGGUGUUACGCUUUCAUAUCAUGCCCACAAACAUUAAUAUAUUUCGUGCCUUACACAUGGCAAUGCAUGAAUCCAGGAGCAGCUCAUUGUGGUGUUGCAUCUAUGCCAGGAGUCUCACAAAAAUGUGCAACACAGCUUUGUGAAUGCGACAGGGAAUUUGCUCGCUGCGUCAGCAAUUACCCAUGUCCGAGAAAAAAGCCAGGAUGCAAAGCAAGCAACUAUAUUAUGCUACAAACAAUAAGUAACAAUGACAUUUAGUAGCAUUUAUCUUUAAAAAACUGGAGUAUAAUGUAGUAAAAUGAACUGAAUACGCAUGUGUGAAAAUAUUUAUAUCAUUAACAGGUCAUUUUGAAGUGAUCAAUUAUGAAUGCAUUGUAUAAUUGUCAAAGUGAAUAAGUCCCUGUCAUUUGUCUUAAUCAAAAUAAAAUUUUAAUUCCACUUCAUUUUUGUAAAUGUACAUGACAAUGUGAAUUUUUCUCAU